AUGUCAUCUAUAUUCAAGGCAUUGUCAGGCAAAUCCAAGAAGGAAGCCUCUAAGACCGAUGGUGGUAAUGGUAAGCUGUAUAUGAACAAGCAGCGUACACUGUUGAUUUCUAGUAGAGGUGUUAACUAUAGACACCGCCACUUAAUUCAGGAUUUACACUCUUUGUUACCACAUACCAGAAAAGAACCAAAGCUAGAUACAAAGAAGGAUCUGCAACAACUGAAUGAGAUUGCUGAACUUUACAACUGUAACAAUAUCAUGUUCUUUGAGGCCAGAAAGCAUCAGGAUCUUUAUUUGUGGAUGUCCAAGCCACCUAAUGGACCAACUAUCAAGUUCUAUGUUCAAAACCUGCACACAAUGGAUGAGUUGAACUUUACCGGUAAUUGUCUGAAAGGGUCCAGACCCAUUCUAUCUUUUGACAACAGAUUCGACACAACUCCUCAUUACCAACUAAUUAAAGAGAUGAUGAUACAUAACUUUGGUGUUCCUCCAACCUCCAGAAAGAGGAAACCAUUUAUUGAUCAUGUCAUGUCCUUCAGUAUUGUUGAUGACAAGAUCUGGGUUAGAACCUAUGAAAUAUCCCAUAGCGCCAGAAACAAGAGCGAGUAUGAAGAAGGUGAAGAAGAUAAUGAUAUCUCCCUUGUGGAAAUCGGCCCAAGAUUUGUCAUGACUGUCAUCCUUGUACUUGAAGGUGCAUUUGGUGGUCCAAAGAUCUACGAGAACAAGCAAUAUGUUUCACCAAAUGCUGUCAGAGCACAAAUGAAGCAACAGGCUGCCAACGAGGCUAAGAGUAGAGCUGAUGCUGCUGUUGAAAGAAAGAUCAAGAAGAGAGAAGCAGUUCUUGCCGCAGACCCAUUAUCUAACGAAGUUCUUUUUAAAGACUAG